GCGCCGCGCGCCGCCCGGGCCAUGCCCAGCUAGCCCCCAGCAGCCGCGGCAACUUUCCCUUCCCCUCCCGCGCCCGUGGAAGAUGGCAGUUUGGGGAAGGGCUGGAAGUUGCAGCCCGGGAGCGGAGCGGUAAGAGGCAGCGGCAGGGAAGUAAGCUGCGGUGACUCCAGGCUUCAGCCUUCCCUAGAUGAGUGUGCUGCCUCCCUGCCUAACCCCAUCUAGCGGCUGUGGGGAUCCUUUUUCCCCUGUCUGAAGUGCUCCUUAUUGCAUUCUGAUUGCAUCUUCAGAUUCACCUCAUCUUGGCCAGAACAUUCCAAUCUGGUCUCUGCUGCCAAGAUCUGGUCUCGACCUGUUAACAAUUUAUCGUUUCAUCAGCAACAAUGAGCUCCGCAACACAGCCAGAUGGAGUUUCUGGACGUGAACAGCUCUUUGCUCAGCAAAGAAUGCACAGUAUGAUCAGCUCAGUGGAUGUAAAGUCAGAGGUUCCUGUGGGAUUGGAGCCCAUCACACCACUGGACUUGCGAACAGAUCUCAGGAUGAUGGUUCCCAUUGUGGACCCAAUUAUGCGUGAAAAGCAGCUCCAACAGGAGCUACUUCUGAUCCAGCAGCAGCAACAAAUUCAGAAACAACUUCUGAUUGCGGAGUUUCAGAAACAGCAUGAAAAUUUGACCCGACAGCACCAGGCCCAGCUCCAGGAGCACAUAAAGUUACAACAGGAACUUCUCGCCAUUAAACAACAGCAAGAACUCCGAAAGGAGCAGAAACUGGAGCAGCAGAGGCAAGAGCAGGAGCUAGAGAGACAUCGCAGGGAACAGCAACUUCCUCCUCUCAGAGGCAAAGAAAGAGGCCGAGAAAGGGCAGUGGCAAGCACAGAGGUGAAGCAGAAACUUCAAGAGUUCCUGUUGAGUAAAUCAGCAACAAAAGACUCUCCAACUAAUGGGAAGAAUCAUUCCACGAGCCGCCAUCCCAAGCUCUGGUACAUGGCUGCCCACCAUACCUCACUGGAUCAAAGCUCUCCACCCCUGAGUGGGGCCUCUCCGUCAUACAAAUACACUUUACUAGGAGCACAGGAUGCCAAGGAUGAUUUUCCACUUCGAAAAACUGCCUCGGAGCCCAACUUGAAGGUGCGUUCUAGGUUAAAACAGAAGGUGACAGAAAGGAGAAGCAGCCCCUUACUCAGGCGGAAGGAUGGAAAUGUCAGUUCAUUCAAGAAGAGACUGUUUGAAGUGACAGAGGCGUCAGUUAGUAGCAGUUCUCCAGGAACAGGGCCCAGUUCACCAAGCAACGGCCCUGCUGGAAGUGUGACAGAAAAUGAAAGCUCACUUUUGCCAUCUAAUUCUCAAGCUGAGCACUUGGUUUCACAACAACAUAUUGUGAUUCAUGAAGAAUCAAUGAACCUGUUGAGUUUGUAUACGUCUCCUUCUUUGCCCAACAUUACCUUGGGACUUCCAGCGGUACAAUCCCAGCUCAGUGCUUCAUCUUCUCUCAAAGAAAAACAGAAGUGUGAGACCCAGACACUGAGGCAGGGAGUGGCUCUUCCUGGACUGUAUGGGGGAAACAUGCCUCCCUCUUCAGCUCAGCCUCAUAUUGCUCUAGAGGGAAAACCUAACAGUAGCCAUCAGGCUCUCCUGCAACAUUUGUUACUGAAGGAGCAAAUGAGACAGCAAAAGCUUCUUGUGACUGGAGGGGUUCCUCUCCGUCCACAGUCUCCAUUAGCAACAAAGGAGAGAGUCUCACCAGGCAUCAGAGUUGCCCACAAGUUGCCUCGUCAUAGGCCCCUAAAUCGAACCCAGUCAGCUCCUCUGCCUCAGAGCACCUUGGCCCAGCUGGUCAUUCAGCAGCAGCACCAGCAGUUCCUGGAGAAGCAAAAACAGUACCAGCAACAGAUUCACAUGAACAAAAUGCUCUCUAAAUCCAUUGAACAGCUAAAGCAGCCUGGCAAUCAUCUAGAAGAAGCUGAAGAAGAGCUUCAUGGAGAUCAUGCUAUGCAGGAAGAAAGAGCUCCCUCUAGUGGUAACAGCAUUAGGGAUGACAGCUGCAGCAUUUGUGUGGAUGACAGAAUAGGACAGCAUGUGGGGGCUGUGAAAGUGAAAGAGGAGCCACUGGACACUGAUGAGGAUAAUCAAACCCAGCAAAUGGAAUCUGGGGAGCAGGCUGCUUUUAUGCAACAGCAGAUCCUGGAGCAUCAGCGUAUCCACCAGUUGCAAAUGUACCAGGCUCAGAUGGCUACAGUUGGCAUGGCAGGAUUAGAUAAACAUCGGCCUGUUUCCAGGACCCAGUCUUCCCCUGCAGCUUCCACAUUACCUCAUCCAGCAAUGGACCGGCCCAUCCAGCCUGUCUGCAUGACUGGUGUUGUCUAUGACAGUCUAAUGCUGAAGCACCAAUGCAUGUGUGGCAAUUACACCAACCAUCCUGAGCAUGCUGGAAGAAUACAAAGCAUCUGGUCAAGGCUGCAAGAAACUGGGUUGCUAAACAAGUGCGAGCGAAUUCGAGGUCGAAAAGCCAGUCUGGAGGAAAUACAGCUGGUUCACUCUGAACAUCAUUCACUGCUAUAUGGCACCAGCCCCCUGAACAGACAGAAGCUGGACCCCAGGAAACUUCUAGGCAGCGUGUCUCAAAAAAUCUUUUCCUUGUUGCCUUGUGGGGGACUUGGGGUGGACAGUGACACCAUUUGGAAUGAGCUGCAUUCGUCCGGCGCUGCACGCAUGGCUGUUGGCUGUGUCAUCGAACUGGCUUCCAAAGUAGCCUCUGGAGAGCUGAAGAAUGGUUUUGCUGUUGUAAGGCCCCCAGGCCAUCAUGCUGAAGAAUCAACAGCCAUGGGGUUCUGCUUUUUUAAUUCGGUUGCAAUUACUGCCAAAUACUUGAGAGACAAGCUAAAUAUAGGCAAGAUAUUGAUUGUAGAUCUGGAUGUUCACCAUGGCAAUGGUACACAGCAGGCUUUUUAUGCUGACCCAAGCAUCCUGUAUGUUUCCCUCCAUCGCUAUGAUGAAGGCAACUUCUUCCCUGGCAGUGGAGCCCCAAAUGAGGUUGGAAGAGGCCUUGGCAAAGGAUAUAAUGUAAAUAUUGCUUGGACAGGUGGCUUGGAUCCCCCUAUGGGAGAUGUAGAGUACCUAACAGCAUUCAGGACUGUGAUUAUGCCAAUUGCCAAUGAGUUUGAUCCGGACAUUGUUCUAGUAUCAGCUGGAUUUGAUGCUGUGGAAGGCCACGAUGCUCCAUUAGGCGGGUACAAAGUCACAGCUAAAUGUUUUGGUCACCUAACGAAGCAGUUGCUGAAGCUAGCAGCUGGUCGUGUGGUGCUGGCAUUGGAGGGAGGACAUGACCUUACUGCCAUCUGUGAUGCAUCUGAAGCCUGUGUAAAUGCCCUUCUAGGAAAUGAGCUGGAGCCUCUCCCAGAAGAUAUGCUGCACCAAACCCCUAAUAUGAAUGCAAUGGCUUCUUUACAAAAGACCACUGAAAUUCAAAGCAAGUACUGGAAGUCAGUGAAGCCGUAUCCUGUGCUAGUGAGUUAUGCCCUGGCUGAGACUCAGAAACAAGAGAGAGAGGAGACAGAGACUGUCUCUGCUAUGGCCUCUCUGUCAGUGGAUGUUGAACAGUCUUUUUCUCAGGAAGACAGCAGGGCUCUAUUUGGAAAAGAUGGGACUCUUCCCCUUGAAAUGGUUGGAAACUCUGAAGGAGCUGCUGGCGAGCUCAUGGAAGAAGAGCCAGCCUUGUGAAGUGCCAAGUCCUCUCUGAUAUUUCCUGUGUGUGACAUCAUUGUGUAUCCCCCCAAAGCACCCUCAGACAUGUCUUGUCUGCUGCUUGGGUGGCACAGAUCAGAUGGAACAUAAAUACUGGGCACAAAACUCUGAACAGCAGCUUCACUUGUUCUUUGGAUGGACUUGAAAGGGCCCUAAAGAUUCCUUAAAUGUAACCGCUACAAUUCUAACGUUACAAUAAAUCAGGCUUGAGAGAAAGAGCAUAGUGCAUGCUUUUAAUAUGCUGUGUGACCCACUCACUGACAUAAAUUGCGAAAUAGAAAUAUUCAAAUAUUCUACAUGAUAGAUUAUUUAUCGCUACAAGAAUUGCAACAUCCAGCAAAAUUCUAGGGAAACUCCACGAAUCACUCUUCCUGACAUUUUGAAACACUUUUUACUGGGUAA